AUGGCAUCCUCUCCGAAUCUCUCCAGUCGCAUCCCGACUAUUGUUGUGCUUGCUAUCCUCUCCAUCUUUGGCCUGGACGCGCUCCUUCUGCAACUCUCCCGCAAUGGCUACAUGGAUAUGGUGAACAGCAUCACUUCCGACCCUCUGCCACGCUUCCUCCCCGACACAAACAGAUUGAUUCUCAAGCGAUAUGUAGGAAUUGCUCCGCUCGAUGAUUUUUUCGCCUUCUCAAACGUCAUUUGGGCCAAUGUCACAGAUGGCUCGAGGCCGGAGCUGUCGCUGUUCACGUUUUGCUUUGGAGCACAGCUCAUCGCUCUCUUUGUGGUUUUUGUGGUUGAGUGCCAAAGAGCUCCUGGAUGGACUCCUCUUGUGCUGAAUGGCAUUGUCUGGACUUUGGCCGUGCAGUCGAUUGGCUUCGGGUUCAUUGCACCUCUGUUUUUCGUCGUGCAUCUCAUCUGGACUGCCAGAACGACGUUCUCUGAGGGCGUUCGUUUGCGCGAAUCUCUGAGUCUGCACACUAUCUUCCCGUCGUUUAUUCUAGGCUACAUUGUACCUUGCAUCUUCAUGGCUUAUCCCUUCUCUAACCACAACGUUCGUCAAUGGGCCAAUGCUGUCUGGUCUCUGGCUCCCAUCUACAUCUUCGUCCUUCAGUCCGUCUUCACAGGGUUACUUAAGCGACUGAGUGUGGGUCAGGAUGCGAACAAGCCCAAGGUUGUGCUUGACAAGACUGCACUGUCUCACGCGUAUGGCUUCGCAUGGAACAUCGCUGUUGUAGGCCAGCUGGUUACGUACGCGGUACUAAUUGCUGCAAAUGCGGUUCCGGGCUUGUUUCCAGAUGGUCUUGCAGAUUCAUUCACCAUGAACAAGGUGUUUGUUCCUGACGCGGCACCUCACUCAUAUGAGCCCAUGUCCAGCGCUGCAGCAGCCAUGCAUAAUUUCCUAAUCUACGACUUUGCUACUGGAUCUGUUGCAGCGCUUAUCUGGGCAAUUCAUCAGCUGUUGGAGGUCCGUCCUGAGCUUAAGUCUGGUGAGGAGAGAACCAAUCUUGCUCGGGGUGUUUUGACGAGUGUUCUGUUGUCGGGACCGGGAGGUGCGGUGAUUGCAUUGAUGCAGCACCGUGAUGAAUCUGUUCUUAGUGCUGAGGCCAAGGCUGAGAAGAUCCAGUGA